UGACAAGGCUAAAGUAUUCGUUCGUAGAAUAAAAAUAAUUUGACAAGGCUCAAACUCAAAUGUUUCAAGGAUUUAUCUUUUAUCCCACCUAGCCCACGUGAAAGUAGCGUUAUCGGUCCGUUACGCUUCCCGUACUAGCUUCGCGAAUUCCCGUUUGACGGAAGGACAAUCACUGAAAAAAAGAUCUGGUUACGAUAGAAAGACGGCAUUGUGUCUUCCGCUUUUAAUAAAUAUCAACAUGUUCAAGCUAGCUAGAAGCCAACCUUUGGCAGCUGCCUUGAAGGCAAGCAGGGCCUCAAUGCCAUCCCGCAUGGUCGGCGCUGCGCAACAAAAGAGAGCUUUGAGCAUUCACGAGUAUCUUUCAGCGGAUUUGUUAAGAAAGUAUGGAAUUGGUGUUCCUGAUGGAUCUGUUGCGAAAACAGCCGCCGAGGCCGAGGCUAUUGCAAAGAAGAUUGGCGGAGAUGACAUGGUUAUCAAGGCACAAGUUCUUGCAGGUGGAAGAGGAAAGGGUACCUUCGACAAUGGGUUAAAGGGAGGAGUCCGGGUUAUCUACUCUCCAACCGAAGCAAAGAUGUUUGCAGACCAAAUGAUCGGACACAAGCUUGUCACCAAGCAAACCGGUGCCCAAGGACGUAUUUGCAACUCUGUCUAUAUCUGCGAGCGCAAGUUUGCUCGUCGGGAAUUCUACCUUGCUAUCUUGAUGGAUCGUGCUUCCCAAGGACCAGUCAUCGUUUCUUCGUCUCAAGGUGGAAUGGAUAUCGAGACUGUUGCAAAGGAAAGCCCAAACGCAAUCACUACUACCUACAUUGAUAUCCACAAGGGUGUCACUGAUGACAUCGCACGAAAGAUUGUCACUGAUAUUGGUUUCAGUGAGCAAUGUAUCGAGGAUGCCAAGGAUACCGUUCAAAAACUUUACAAGAUCUUCAUGGAGAAGGAUGCUACUCAAAUCGAGAUCAACCCUCUCUCCGAGACCUCUGAUCACAAGGUUCUUGCCAUGGAUGCUAAGCUUGGUUUCGAUGACAACGCCGAGUUCCGUCAAAAGGAGGUUUUCGAAUGGCGCGAUACUACCCAAGAGGAUGCUGAGGAAGUCCGUGCCGCAGAGUCUGGUCUUAACUUCAUCAAGCUCGGUGGUGACAUCGGAUGUUUGGUAAACGGUGCCGGUCUUGCUAUGGCUACUAUGGAUAUCAUCAAGCUUAACGGUGGUGAACCAGCUAACUUCCUUGAUGUUGGAGGUGGAGCCACCCCACAAGCUAUCAAGGAGGCUUUCACUCUCAUCACCAGCGACCCCAAGGUUACUGCUAUCUUCGUUAACAUCUUCGGUGGUAUCGUUCGUUGUGAUGCUAUUGCUCAAGGUCUCAUCAGCACUGUUGAGAGCAUGAACCUUAGAAUCCCAAUUAUUGCAAGAUUGCAAGGAACAAACAUGGAAGCUGCACACAAGUUGAUCAACGAUUCUGGUCUUAAGAUCUUCUCCAUUGAUGACUUGCAGAGCGCAGCUGAGAAGGCUGUCCAAUUCUCAAAGGUUGUGAAGAUGGCUCGUGAUAUCGAUGUUGGUGUUGAGUUUUCUUUGGGCAUUUAAGCGGUUACAUAGAUGGGUUUUCUCUUGUUUGUAUUGAUUCCCUCCGUCUUUAGAUCAAUGGGUGACCGGGGCUGAGUUACCAUGUAUAAUGCAUUGAGUUUCAUGUCCACAUUUAUUAUCUUUCAGUUUUUGUUCUGUGAAAUAUUUUGAAAUUUGUGAUAAUCGUAUUCUAGUUGAACCUUGGAAUACUUCUAGGCAGGCAUAAUACGAUGACCUAUAGAUAGAAAUAAUGGACGGUGAUGGCUCUGCCGAAAACAUGUUUAGGCAUAAUAGA